AUGAUGAAAAUCAAUAUAUUAUUCAUGAUAUUUGCUGCUGCAACAUAUGGUGAUUUAAUAUCAGACUCAACUGAUUUCUUCUCUAAAAAAUUUACUGAUGUGAAGUCACUAUUUGCUAACGAUGAGAAUCAACUAAAAGAAAAUGUUGGCCGAGUGAAAGACUUGCUGUCAUCAAUUCAAGGCAAAGAGAGUAUGUUGAAAACAUUGGCUAAUGAUGGUCAAAAAUCAACGCUUGAAAAAGUUGGCAAUAUGGUUGCACAAAUCAGCAAUUUCCAGAAAAAUAUAUUAGGAGGUUCGUCCGACUUCAGUGAAAAGAAGAAAAACUGGGAGCAAAUUGUGAAGGACAUAUUUGUUACUCAAGGACUUAAUAAGAUAUUACCUCUACUUCAGAAGCUUCAAAACAACGCCCCCGCCAAAUCUGCCGUAUCUGUCCUCCUCACCUGUACCAUUCCGCUCACAACCAUUGCACUGUGGCGUUAA